AUCACUUCGUUUCCACCACAACAACAUUUCCACCACUUCAAGUCCUUAAAGUCCUAUACUGCAGAACCGUCAGUAUGGGUGGCAAGAGCGCAAAUAAGGCAGGCUACUUCGACAAGCUCAAGGGCUUGCUCGAGGAGUACAAGUCCAUCUUCAUCGUCACCGUCGACAAUGUCUCGUCGCAGCAGAUGCACGAGAUCCGUCAGAGCAUGCGCGGCGAGGGUGUCGUCUUGAUGGGCAAGAACACUAUGGUCCGCCGCGCGCUCAAGACCUUCCAGGCCGACUUCCCAGAGUACGAACGCCUGCUCCCACACGUCAGGGGCAACGUCGGCUUCGUCUUCACCAAUGCCGACCUGAAGGCUACACGUGAGAAGAUUCUCUCCAACCGUGUCGCUGCCCCAGCUCGUGCUGGUGCCGUCGCUCCCGCCGACGUGUACGUCCCAGCUGGAAACACUGGUAUGGAACCCGGCAAGACCUCUUUCUUCCAGGCUCUCGGUGUCCCAACCAAGAUUGCCCGUGGUACCAUCGAAAUUACCACUGAUCUCAAGCUUGUUGAGGCUGGUAACAAGGUCGGUCCAUCUGAGGCCACUUUGCUCAACAUGUUGAACAUCUCUCCCUUCACGUACGGUAUGGGUAUUGCCCAGAUCUACGACCAGGGUCAGACCUUCGACUCGAGCGUUCUCGACAUUGAGGAGAGCCAGCUCCUCAAAGCUUUCAGCACUGCCAUCGCUACCAUCACCUCGAUCUCCCUCGCUGCCAACUACCCAACCCUGCCAUCCGUCAUGCAUAGCUUGGUCAAUGGCUACAAGAACGUCAUCUCUGUCGCUCUCAUGACUGAGUACGAGUUCGAGGCCAUUACUGAGCUCAAGGACCGCAUCGCCAACCCAGAGAAGUAUGCCGGUGCUGCUCCCGCUGCUGCUGCCGCUCCAGCUGCCGGCGGUGACGCUGCUCCUGCUGAGGAAGCUAAGCCUGCUGAGGAAGAGGAGGAGUCUGAGGGUGACAUGGGCUUCGGUCUUUUCGACUAAGCGCUGCCGCGAGAUAAAAGGACACCGCUUCGAAGUGUGACGGCGAUGGUUCAUAGACUGUUGACGAGGAAUGAAGUGCUGCGCGAUGAGACACAACCCUGCAUCUUCAAACGAUCUCUGAGCGCAUCAAUUACAGUUGCUGACGAGCAGGCCUGUCAUGGCGGCUUGGCGCGGGCGAAGUUAUGAUAAUGUUGCAGCUGACUCAGGCGGACUUGAACCGCCCAUGCCUCGAUAUCCAUCUCCGCUGCUUGAACCUUGUAUCCGUUGCUGGCCUUGUCAUUUUUCGAAGCCAUACAGUACUACAUGACAUCCAACAACAGGUAUCAUCCAAUUGCCUUCGUCUUUGAGAAU